CCCGGCGGCUCCGGGCGGCUCCGGGCGCUGCCGCCGCCGGGGUCGCGCCGAGCCUGCCCCGCUCCGACGAACCUCUGAGCCUUCCAAACCCACCACACUGCGAGCAGCUGACGUCCAUGAGCAGCCCAGGACCUCUCCUCCUCUUCCUCUCUCAGAAACGCGCCAGACGCCUGCCCGGGAUGGUCCACAACGAAGGGCUAAGAUUGUUUUGAGAAGGAGGAUGAAUGGAAGGGAAAAAGUCACGUGAGAAGGAUGGCAAGCUGUGCUUCAUGACGACCUCUCCCACCAUGUUUUAUGGGCCGUCCUCCAGCAUGGCUCCGCCGUCCAAGAGCCGGCUGAAGCGCCAGAGCCGCCUCUUCUCGCAGGUGCUCUACCGCACCCUGAGCUACAAGGACCGCGGCUCUGCACCCGCCGAGGACGACCCGGCCGAGCUCUCCACCCAGCUCUCGGCCCCUGGCAUCCUGAAAAUCUUCGGGGGCAACAUCUGCGCGGGCACCAACUACAAGAGCGUGCUGGUGACGGGCAGCUCGGGCGCGCGGGAGCUGGUGAAGGAGGCCCUGGAGCGCUACGGGCUGAGCCAGCUCAGCGCCGCGCAGUACGCGCUCUGCGACGUCAUCGGCCGCUUCCAGGGCCCCGAGAGGCAGUGGCAGACUGAGGGGCUCAGGGUGCUGGGCGACCACGAGAAGCCCCUGCUCAUCCAGGACCUCUGGAAGCCCAGGGAGGGCUUCUCGCGCCGGCUGGAGCUGCGCAGGAGGGCCGAGGUGGAGGAGAUGGCGGCCAGGGAUGUGGACACCACCACUGCAGGCAUCAACGCCCAGGCGCGGAAGCUGCAGCGGCACCGGGCGCGGGGGGCCCGGCGGGCGGCGGGCGCGGAGCGGCGCGGGCCCCCCCCGGCCCUGCGGCGCAGCCUCAGCGAGACCAGCCUGGGGAGCCCGGCUCGGCGGGCGGGCAGCGCGGCCGGGGCCGGCGGCGGGGCCCGGCUCCAGCGGCACUGCUCCACCCUGCCCGGCAGCCCGGCGGCGGCGCGGAGCGGCGGCAGCAGCAUGCGGUACUCCCUCUACCAGUCCCCGCACCUCCUGCUCCUGCAGGGCUACAGCCAGCAGCAUGACAGCCUGGUGUACCUGCUGAACCGCGAGCAGCACACGGUGGGCCAGAGGACGCAGGCCAGCAAGCCCAGCAUCAGCCUGUCCGCCCCUGACAUCCUGCCCCUGCACUGCACCAUCAGGAAGCUCCGACCUUCGCGGCACCGCUCGGAGGAGAAGCUGGUGCUGGAGCCCAUCGCCGGCGCCGCCGUCUCCGUCAACUUCUCCGAGGUGUCCCGGACGGUGGUGCUGCGGCACGGGGACCUGCUGUCCCUCGGCCUCUACUACCUGCUGCUCUACAAGGACCCCAUGAAGGCGCAGCCGCUGCCGGCGCAGACCCUGCUGAGGCUGCGGGCCCUGCACCCCGAGGCUCCGCACGUGUGCGGGGCGUGCGGCAGCCUGCUGAGGGACAGGGACCCCAAAAAGCGGGGCCCGUCACCCGGUGGUGGCCCCAGGACGCCCCGCAGGAGGCUGCAGCUGGAGUUCGAGCCGGCGGCCGAGGAUGUGCUGCUGCGGCGCAUCAUGAGCCUCAUCGAGCCCGGAGGGGACGACCACAAGCUGACACCUGCCUUUCUGCUCUGCCUCUGCAUCCAGCACUCAGCCACCAACUUUGAGCCGGGAGACUUCGGGCAGCUGCUGCUGAAAGCGGCCAAAAUGAUCCAGAGGACGGUGUGGGAGCGGACGCGGGAGCUGGCUGAAAAGCAAUCCCAGCACCAGGACCCUGCCACCCUGUCCCGCUUCACCAUCACAGACCUCCUCCCAGACCUGCAGCACAUCAUCUUCUGGAUGGCCAAUGCCAUCGAGAUCCUCUACUUUGUCCAGCAGAAAUCACCCACCUACAUCCAGAGCAUGGAGGAAGAGCUGGACAUCAAAGGCUCCAAGGAAUCUCUGUUCUCCUCGACCAUCACGGCCAGCGAGGAGGCGAUGACGGUGCUGGAGGAGGUGAUCAUGUACACCUUCCAGCAGUGUGUCUACUACAUCUCCAAGUGUCUGUACGUGUCGCUCCCGGCCCUGCUGGAGUGCAACCCCUUCCAGAGCGAGUGCCGGGAGGGCUGGCGCGGGACUCCGCCCCUGCCCGAGGAGCUCCGCAGGGUCGUGCUCAUCUACCAGGCUGUGCUGGACCUGCUGCACCAGUACGAAGUGCACCCCGAGAUCACCUCCCAGAUGUUUGCCUACCUCUUCUUCUUCUCCAACACCUUGCUCUUCAACCAGCUCCUGGAUAAGGGCUCCUCUCUGGGCUGUUUCCACUGGUCCCAGGGGGUGAAGCUGCGGGCCAGCGUGCGGCUGCUCCUGGAAUGGCUGCACGGCGCCGGCUUCGAGCAGCUCUCACAGCAGUUCUUCUCCAAACUGGCCAGCGUGGCCAACCUGCUGGCCAUGCCCGGCUCCCAGCUGGUGCAGAUGACCUGGCCGUCCCUGCGAGCCGAGUUCCCAGCGCUGAGCCCGGCGCAGCUGCACCGGGUGCUGAGCCAGUGCCAGGCUGUGAUGGACGUGGGGUGCAUCUCAGCGUGGCAGCCCAGUGAGGAGGACAGCCCAGCCACCUUCCAGCUUGAUGAAGUGCUGGAGUCCUUUGACAACCAUCCACCCAUCAUCCUGCCCAGUGGGGGUUUCAAAGUGGACCUGGAGGUGGAGGCAUUGGACGACAACAUCUACAGACACCUCCUCUACAUCCGCCACUUCCUCUGGAGCCUGCAGAGCAGGAGCCCCCACAGCAGCGAGGGGCCGGGCUCAGCACUCCCUAAGAAAGAGGCAUGCCCGACGCCAGAGGUGCUGGAGGUGAGCGAGGCCCCGGUGCCCGCCCCGGGCAGCACCAUCGCCAUCCAGGAGGAUUUUUGCUGCCUGGGGGGCUGUGCUGAGCCGCAGGGGAACCCCAAACUCUGCCUGGCCACCAGCACCUGCCCCUGCGAGCCCCCCGCCAGCGAGCCCCAGCUCCAGGAGAAGCUCCAGCAGCUGCAGCUGGGCAGGAGCCCGCUGCCCAAGGGUGGCACGGUGCCCCCAGACCCCUCCUGCCUGCUGACACCACCCACCACCCCCCUGAACUUCGACUCGGGCAGCCCGGAGUCACCGCAGGGCACCGGCAAAGGGCUGCAGGACACCCGGAGAAACGGCAUGAACGGCACCAAAGGCAGCACCCCUGAAGGCUGCUCCCCAACCCCCUAUGAUUACCCCACGCCGGAGUCCUCCAGCCGCAGCUCUGCCACCGAUGAUUUCUGCUACGUCUUCGUGGUGGAGCUGGAGAGGGGACCCAUCGGGCUGGGGAUGGGGCUGAUCGAUGGCGUGCACACCCCUCUCUGCUCCCCGGGGAUCUACAUCCGCACCCUGAUCGAGGACAGCCCCGCAGCUGCCGACGGCAGGCUCUCCAUUGGGGACAGGAUCCUGGCUGUCAACGGCACCAGCCUCAUCGGGGCAGACUACCAGAGUGCUGUGGAUCUCAUCCGCUCCGGGGGGAAAAAGCUGCGGUUUCUGGUUGCCAAGUCGGACAUUGAAAUAGCCAAAAAGAUCAGUUCCAGCUCCUCUUCCUCCUAGUCCUUGUGGAACAAGGAUCCUGCAGCAACUUGUGGCUACAGCUCUGGUUAAGGCUGACCUCAGGGAGCCUGGAGUGCAAGAGGGAGGACCAGGACUCCACAACAGCCCUCGAUGUGCUUUUGGACACUCUGCCCCUGCACUGCAGCAAAGGACAUGCAAGGAUGGUGCACGCUGCUCCCACUGCACUGCCUGGGAGCAUCAUUCCUGAUCCAUUGCCCAGCCUCACCUCAUACCCAGUGUCAUCCUGCUCAGGAGCUUUCCUGUUCCUUUGUCCCCUCUGGCAGGGGGAGGGAAGGGAAUGCUCCCACCAUGGGGACUUGUAGGCAGGCUCCUCUGUUCCUCUAGGCUGGCAGCCCUGUGUGAUAUUGUAUGCUGACAGGCUGAAGGCUUGAAAUACCUUUGGGUUUUGAAGAGAACACAUGAGGCAGGCCUGGGCUUCACUGUGGCAGUGGCCACCUGAGGUGCUGGCACAUCAGGCUGGAGAAGUGUGCCCAGCUUUGGGGGUGGUGAAGGCAGCACAAGCACCCAGGAGUGGGAUUCCACACAGGAUGCAUCACCAGGAGUCAAUUCCCCUGGUGGGAUUCCACACAGGAUGCAGUGCCAGGAGUUAAUGCCCCUGGUGCCAUACACUAGCUCAGGUGCCUGUUGGCUGCUGGGCUACAGCCCUGCCUCAGGAUGGGAAGCAGCCACAGCAAAGGGCUGACACCACCAGCAGCUCCUGAGUCCCAGGGAGAGCUCCCUGCAGAGAAGGACUCCCUUGCUCUUGCUCUGCAGAAUUACUGCCCAGCUCUGGCACCACGAUCCCGGCUGAAAGCCACCAGGAAUGAUGGCAGAAUGUCCCCACAGAGGGUUGGUGCCACCAGGAAGCUGAGGGAGCCCAGCAGCACUCGGCACUGACACCAGCCCAGGCAGACAAGGACAGCUCAGCACCCUGUCCUGCCCCUCCUGCUUCCAUUGCGA